AAAAAUGUUCCAUAUGUAUAUAUAUAUAUAUAUGUAUCCAUCUUGAUCACAACAACCCAUUCCUCUAGCUAAGAGGAAACAACACAGAGCUUCGAUCUGCUUAAAACUUCCUUAACUGUAAUGGCGGGGACUUCAUCUUCUUUGGCUGUUCUCUGCUCCUUGAUGGCUUUCCUUUCUCUCUUUUUCAGCUUCAGCCACAGCUUGAAGGAGCAUAACGCAUCAAAGCAUGCUGUGGACGAUCCGGAGAGAAUUGUAUCAAUGGUUCAGUCGAGUAUCUGGAAUGCGACGCAGAGGAGGAAAUUGGGAGGGUACUCUUCGUGCGGCACAGGCAACCCUAUAGACGACUGCUGGCGUUGCGAUCGCAACUGGCAUAAAAACCGGAAGUGGCUGGCCAACUGUGCCAUAGGCUUUGGAGCCGCCGCAAUCGGCGGCCGUGACGGCAAAUUCUACGUGGUAACGGACUCGAGCGAUGACGACGCGGUGAACCCGAAACUCGGCACGCUCCGCCACGCCGUCAUUCAAGAGGAGCCGCUGUGGAUCGUGUUCAAGAGCGACAUGCUGAUCACCCUGAAGCAAGAGCUGAUCAUUAACAGCUUCAAGACCAUUGACGGCCGCGGAGCCAACGUCCACAUCGCUUACGGCGCUGGUCUCACCCUCCAAUACGUCACCAACAUCAUCAUUCACAACGUCAACAUCCAUCACACUAAACCUACCGGAAACGCCAUGGUCCGGAGCUCCACCACCCAUUUCGGCUGGAGGACGAUGGCCGACGGCGACGCCAUUUCCCUGUUCGGGGCCUCGCAUGUUUGGAUCGACCACAACUCUCUCUCUAAAUGUGCUGAUGGACUCGUUGAUGCUAUUAUGGGAUCUACUGCAAUAACCAUUUCCAACAACUACAUGACCCACCACAAUGAGGUGAUGCUACUGGGGCACUCUGACGCAUACACCAAAGACAAGGCUAUGCAGGUCACAAUUGCGUUUAACCACUUUGGAGAAGGCUUGAUUCAAAGAAUGCCAAGGUGUAGGCAUGGCUACUUUCAUGUGGUAAACAAUGACUACACUCAUUGGCUAAUGUAUGCGAUUGGAGGCAGUGCUAACCCCACAAUCAAUAGUCAAGGAAACCGAUACCUUGCCCCUGAUGACCUUAAUGCCAAAGAGGUGACUAAAAGAGUGGACCAAGGACAAGCACAGUGGAUAAAUUGGAAUUGGAGAACAGCGGGAGACACAAUGCUUAAUGGAGCAGUGUUCAAACCUACCGGGGCUACAUCGUCAUCCUCAUAUGCAAGGGCGUCUAGUACGGUGGUAAAAUCAAGUUCAUUGGUGCCUUCCUUGACCAGGUAUGCGGGUGCUCUUGGCUGUCAAAAAGGAAGGCUUUGUUAAAUUAAACGUCUAUCUAUCUACUCCUCCUUUCACCAAAUUUAUAAUGGAACCGGCCAGCUGAAAAGCUAGUUCACUGGGACGCGUCUCAUUUUGGAUUGUGUUAGUUAUAUAUAUACACACGCGCACAAAAAGAUGAACUCAAAUUUUCAGAUUGUUUUCUUCUUGUGAUGAACUCUUUAUGCACUAAUCUUAAUUAUGUGAUUGGUUGUUU